AUGAACACAACGAGUGUUUAAAAUAAUUAAGAUAUUUAUUUAUAAUUUGCUUCUUCUUAGUGCAUGAAAUCUUAGAAUUCUAAAAAACCUAAUCUGAAGAUUACACUCAAUAAGAAAUCGAUGACACAAUUGGUGAAUUCUGAUAAACCUCCAAGUUCGAAAUGUUCUUAGAAGACAGCAUCUUCAAAUGGAAAGGUAAGAAAUGUGGUGUAUAUGAAUGAUUUAGACCACGACUUCAUCCAAGUAGUUGUGUUUCAAAUUCCAGGACAACCAGUCAACAGCCAAUCCAUCAGUAAUUUCUGAGGGGGACAAGAAAUGUAAGUUAUCAUAAUUAAUCAUAAGCACUUGAACCAGAUCAAUCAUCACUAAUUUAAUUGCUGAUUCAAGAAAAUUUGGAAUUGCAAAAGCAAAACUCAGACAAGGACACCAUUAUUUCCAGACUCAUCACUAACAAAAAACCAGUCAUUUUAUAAAGAGCAAAUACGUCGAAUACCCAGAGGACUCCUGAGAAAUGCAUGACUACGUAUUUAAUUCAACAAGAACAUCUAGAAAAAAGUUGCAGCAAAACACCUGUGACAAGAGAUCAAAUUCACCUCUCGGUUUCACUUUUUGUAAUGUCGACGAAGAGAAUGAAGAAAAAGAAAUCCAGAGUCAACCCAUGACUCGGUCUCAAAAAAGACUGCCAAAGGAGUUUUAAAUUGUACCAAAUAAGAGACGGUUUUUCAUAUGA